CUUCCUGUCAACUUCAGCCCCCGCUCCUGCAUCUCUUCCAGUCCACAGCAUCAUCAUGGAAACCGAUCCCGGGUUUAUCGCCGCUCUCGAAGAAGCCAAGCAAGGGUUAGCCGAAGGAGGUGUUCCCAUUGGAGCUGCCUUGGUGUCCAAGGAUGGUAAGAUCCUCGGUCGCGGCCACAACAUGCGCGUCCAGAAGGGCAGCGCCGUCUUGCAUGCUGAGAUGUCCGCGCUCGAAAACUCGGGUCGCUUGCCCGCUUCGGCCUACGAAGGUGCCACCAUGUACACCACCCUCUCGCCUUGCGAUAUGUGUACCGGUGCCUGUAUCCUCUACAAGGUGAAGCGCGUCGUCAUUGGGGAAAAUAAGAAUUUCAUGGGCGGCGAGGAAUACCUUCUCAACCGUGGAAAGGAGGUGGUGGUCUUGAAUAACAAGGAGUGUAAGAAGUUGAUGGAGGAUUUUGUCAAGGAUAAGCCGGAGCUCUGGAACGAGGAUAUUGCCGUCUGAGUAUCAUUGUGCGAGAAAGGAAUCGCAAAUACGCUGCAAUGAACAUAUCCAGAAUGUAUAUAGUCGGGAGAUUUGUAUGAGUCAUACCCACCCAUCAAGCGACGGCCUUACGCCGCUGUCAAGCGGUGAAUUUCCUCAAAGUAGAACCGGAGAUCAUCAGG